AUGAAUUCGAGUUCUCUAUUGCUAUCGCGGCUAACCAUAAAUGGACUACCUAGAAUUUUAUCUCGAAGAUGGUACGUGAAAGAAGAGUGGAAAGAUGAAUCUAUAGACAUAACCUCCGUUGAGGAAACUCCAAAGUACGGUGAAUUUUUAACAGAAGAGCAAGAGCAGGAGAUUUUACAAAAGCGCAACAAAUCAAAGCUCAAUAAUUUUGAUCGGAAUAAAUUACACGGGCUGAAGCCUCAUAAUCAGAAUUGGGACUGGUACCACAACUCCGUCAGGUACAAGCAGCGGAUGCUGGGUAGGCAUGGUAUCGAGGCACUUGAUGUUCCUGCUGGAUGUGUUUGGCCCAUCAAGGAAGAGGUUGAGGACAGGCUCGAGUGGGAGAAGACAGCCUAUCCUAAUUCCUUGUGGGAAAGUUGGGAUUUAAUUGCUCAAAAGAAUAAGGAAAAUGCUGAGAAAAUUUUGAAAAGAGAAAAAGAGAUUGAUGCCAAAUUGAUGAAAGUCUCCACAUGGCAAAAGGACCUGGAAGCUAAACUUGCUAAAAAGGAAGCUGAAAUUCGCGCGAUAAAGGAGCGCAAGGAUCGCCUGGUCGCGGAAGUACGUCGUGCAGUAGGUUUCGACAUAGACCCUCGUGACGAACGGUUCAAGCAGCUGCUAGAAGAAAAAGAAAAGGAGGACAAGAAGCGCAAGAAAGCAUUGAAGAAACAGGCUCACGCUGCCAAGACUAUGGAAAGAUUGUUGACAGCAAGCAAUUCUCUCAACUUAAAAAAUAAACCUGCUGAAGAGAGCGCUAAAAGUGAAACUAGCUAG